CAGGCUUGCAUUCCGAGCCGAGGUGCUGAGCGUGCGACGCGAAACGACAGUCUGUUUAUUUCUCUCACCGAGAGCGGGAAGCUAGGCUCAAAUAAACGGAAAGGCCAAUAUGCGACAGUGCUAGCGCGAAUCUUUCCCGAAUCACCAUGCGGAUGAAGCUUUAGGGUUUGCGGAGAGCCGUCAGCUGUUGUUGUUUUUUUUUUUUUUUGCAUCCAGCAUCACCAAGGGGGCACGGAAGGCACCGGUGUAACGGCUUCGCUUUGACCACUCAGGUGCACUGUACAGCUGACGAAGGAUGGAGUUCAAGCAGCUGGUGGACACCGCGGAAAAAUGGUGCUCGGGUAACCCGUUCGAUCUCAUUUUCGCGGAGGAGGUCGACGAGAGGCGGUUAGACUUUUAUGCGGAGCCCGGAAUAUCGUUUUACGUCCUUUGCCCCGAUAAUAUGACAGGAGGUACCGACAAUUUUCAUGUGUGGAGUGAGAGCGAAGACUGUCUGCCCUUCCUGCAGCUGGCCCAGGACUACAUCUCCUCCUGUGGACACAAAACUCUACUGGAGGUCCUCGAUAAAGUCUUUAGAUCCUUCCGACCUCUCCUGGGUCUUCCAGACAUUGACGACGACACGUAUGAGCAGUACCACGCAGAUGUGGAGGAGGACGCUGAGACAGACCACCAGCAGAUGGGUGUCAGUCAGCAAUAAUGCCCGUCGAGGCAGCUCCACCGUGGGCCCAGAGUAAUGUCCUUUUGGAGGGGCCCCAGGGGCCUGACAGUCUCUGUCUCUUCCCUUCUCUCUUUCCUUCUAUCAUACCAUCCUCACAUUUCUUCUCUUUUAUGAAACACACUAU